CUUUAUUUUGAAUUGUGUUUUUUGAUGAACCUGUGGCAGUUUGAAUUAUAAUUUCAAAUUGUGAAUGCACCGCUGGUGUGUGUGUGUCUGUCUGUCUGUAUCUGUGGGAAUUAAGUAUUAAUACAUUCCAUGCAAAAUUCUAAAUGUAUUUUGUUAGGGUAAAAAUAAAUACUUCAGCAAACUGCAACUGAAUGAAAGAAUACUCAGGUUAUGCUGAAAAUUCAAAAGUUAAUUCAGCACUAGUAUUAUCUACACAAAUCUGUGCUUGGAUAUAAAAGAAAAGGGGUAAAAUGUUUUUUGGUUUUUUUUUUUUUUAAAGACAUGCACACUUAAUUUUAGAUUACUGUUCAGUUUUAGCCACUUUGGAGCACCCUACCCUACAAACACACACCAAAGAGGAAAAUGACUGAUGCAUAUCACCACCUGUAUUUCACUGGCAUUGUGUUGUGGAUAGUACAGACCUCCACCUCCUCUGUCUUGCCAAACGCUACCGACCUGCAGCGUCCAGCCAGCGGUGCUGACUCAAACCUCGAAUUCAGAGACAUUCUCAGCCUCGGCGUUCCCCGCAACAGACGGAAACGUUACAUCUCCUCCCGAGACAUGGGCACGCUUUUGGACUACCACAACCGGGUGCGGUCACAGGUACUCCCCCCAGCGGCCAACAUGGAAUACAUGAUCUGGGAUGAAAGACUGGCAAAGUCUGCCGAAGCCUGGGCAGCACAGUGUGUGUGGGACCACGGCCCCCCUCAACUCAUGAGAUACAUGGGCCAGAAUCUGUCCAUUCAUUCUGGGAGAUAUCACUCAAUCAUCGAGCUCAUCAGGUCAUGGCAUGACGAAAAGCAAUAUUACUCCUUUCCCAAUAAGUGCAGUGGCUCUGUCUGUACCCAUUAUACACAGAUGGUGUGGGCCAACACCAAUAGAAUGGGGUGUGCGGUUAACACCUGCUCCAACAUGAAUGUGUGGGGAAGCAGUUGGCACCGUGCAGUGUUUCUGGUAUGCAACUACUCCAUUAAGGGUAACUGGGUCGGGGAAGCACCCUACAAGAUGGGAAGGCCCUGUUCUUCCUGCCCUCCAAGUUACGGAGGUUUCUGCAGCAACAAUUUAUGUUCUUCAGCUUUAAAAUCCAAUAAAGUUAACUGAUUUCAGGGUUUGUGUACUGUAACAUCUCACAUAUAAAGCCACAAGAUGGAAGAGGUGCUCAGUUUUCAUAUUAUGUGUUUUUAGUUUUUUUUAAAAAGAAAACAUAUUGAAACUAUUAUCAACUUUUCCUUCCUGUAUAAUAAGGGCGCUUGUUCUAUUAAGUUAUACAUAUUAAAUAUGGCAUUAUUUGACCCACUUUUAGUAUGAAAUACAAUGUAAUAUAGUGAAACUGUGUUAGAAAAAGUUUAGAAGCACAUUCCUUAGGUCAUUAAGACAGACCUCAUAAAGGUACAGUAUUUUGUAACAGGAACCCCUUUUAAGACAUCCAAGUGUACAGAGAAAUGCCACUUUAAGAAAUGUCACUGUUUCUGGAGUUAAAUUAAGGCUGAAGAUGGUUUUCCAGUCCAACAGCAAGCACUGCCUAAUAGACACAAUCAGAAGAUACUAAUGCAGGUAUGCUAACAAAUUAAAGAUUGUGUUGUUGAUCAAAAUACACCUGCUGAAACAUACAUUUAGGGAUUUAUAAAUUUGUUAUACAAAACAAUCAUCCCUAUUUAUAAUUUCGACUUAUUUUCCAUUACAUUCUAAUAACAGACUGUGUUUUUUUUCAGUGUUUUUAAAUUCUCAAUUUUACUUUUUAUAUAAGUUUUGAUAUUAAAAAAAUAAUCAGUGUGGUUUUAUUUCAUUAUUUAUUAGUAGUUUGAAAAACGUCUCUAUAACAUUGUUUUAUUACAUGUGAACUGUACUUACACUAUGUUAUAUCUUCUGCAGUUGUUACAUCUGGAUAACCAGAUGUUUUUAUGUUGCACUGUUAGGUUUGUAUUUUGUUUUGUUUUAAGAAUAAAGGAUUUUUUUCUUUUUUUCUA